GUUGGUUUGAAAUCGUGUGCCGCGGCUGCUUCGCGUGAGCAUUUUUUGAAUUUUAUCGGAUCGUGGAUCGUAUUCUGGGGGAGAUAUCGGUUACCUUCAGCCCACCUCCAGCCCGCAGGACUCUCUCUAGAUUUCCAUCGCAUCUCUCAAUGGGAAUUCCCAGCGAGCCUGACGCCGCGGGCGCAGCUUCCUGCCAAGCUUGAACCCCAGCGACGCUAAAAGUCACUAAACGAAGCUUUCCACGACCGGGGAAGCCUGCUGAUCGCCGAACCGAUACGAUCGGCGCAAGGACGCGCGAUAAUGGCGAAUCACGUGACGCCGAUUACCGAGGAAUGCGACACGUCGCGUCGCGAGAAUGUUUAAUUCGCGAUACGCAUCGAUUUUAAGGAGGAUCAAUUGUAAUUUAUCACUAGACGGUGCUGGCAACCAUCGUUGGUCAUAGUACCUUCGGGUUACGCACGGAUUUUUAACGGCGCGCGAUUCUUGCGUCAGACGAGCCUCGCUUUUCGGAGGUGUGACGAUUAGUCUCCGUGUACUCUGGAGAACGAUAAAUCUAAAUGACUCGCCGUUUGGCAAUCAAUCACGAGAUUAGCUUGAUUUAUGCACGGUCUUAUACAACAGGGGAGAUCAGACUGUGCUUUGUAACGAAAUUGAAUGAUACGGCGGGGCUUGCGAUUUUACCGGAUUUUAACGGGGAAAUUGAGCGUUGGCCGGCGAGGUGGGCGUCGAAACGAUUCAUCGAAAUCGAAACAAUGCACGACCGUGUUAGUUGGAUGUGGAUUUGUCAAGAUGGCGCCCGUUUAAAUUCUUCGGCGAAAAGCGAAAACGACUGGAAUUUCGAUUACAUAAACAAAGAGGCCAAUUAAAUAUGGCAAUUAAUCAAUCAGGAACGGGACGUAAUUCGCUGUGAUACUCCGCGAUGGAUAAAAAAGAUUCUGCGGGCCUGACGGAACGCAUCGAAUUACUGUUGAGAAUAAUGACGAGCCAAUGCGCAGAAGACGAUGAGGAUUCAAGUUCCAUCGACAGCACCGAUCAAUCAGAGCCAGAGAUCGAAGAGGAUGAGCCGAAUUAUCGUGAUAUCAGGAUGAACAAAAACGAGGACAAUUUCAACGUUAGUUUACGUUUAAGUAAGUUCUUCGAAGACGUCGAGAAGUCGAGGAAGUAUUCGCUGCCAGCUACAGGCAACGAUAUUCGAGAUGGGAUUCGGUUCGAAGAAAAGAUGUACAGGGUGAUCCCGAUAAAACUGGACGAAAAGAUACCCGAAUUGAGGAAGCUGAUCAACUCAAACUAGAAAGACCAAAAACAUAGAACACUGAAUCCGAUCGAACGGAUCGGCGGGAUAUUAUCGAAAUACAUUUUAUUAAUAAAAAAAGAGAAAACAACCGUUUGUUAAAGUUUUUUACAAUACAAAGUGAAAAACAGCGUUGCAGGCUUGAUCGAAUGUACAGAUUCGCGGUGUUCCCGAAUCGUCGUUGAUUUUGAUUUUCCCCGAAGUUCUAACUACAAAGUCGGAUCGGAGUUAAUUGGCCGCUCGAGGUCGCCUCCUCCGUGCGUUCGACGUGACGAUCGCCAAUUAACUUCAACCCGGGAAUCUCCG